AUGCUAUUGCUUCUUUUGGAGGUCACUAGCACCCCAGUCAAACCAAAAGGCGGCAUUGGUGGGAAAGUGCAACAGAAAGGUUUGGAUAUCGACUUGAAUCUACCGCCACCUGCAGAGGCACCACUAGAGAGCAGAGAAGAAACAGAUUUACCAAAAUCAUUGACGAAAGAGAUGAAAAAGAUUUACAAUGCAAGACAAAGUGCAAAACGUCAAGAAAGGAAAAAACUCGAUCCGGCUUACGCAAAACAUCGUCGUGAGAUCGAAUUACGAUCGAAAUCAAAAUGGAUCAAAAAGUUGGAAGACGCAAACGGAGGUGACCGACAAGCAGCACAAGAACAUGUAAAGGCUUAUCAUCACGAGCAUUAUCUCAAGCGAGUCAGCAGAUUUGGAGGUCGUAAUUCUAAAAAAGAGCAAGAAGUUGCCGAAACGUUCAAGAAGAUGUCUAGAGGGGAAAAGGUACCUGUAGAAGAACAACAAAGAGCUUUGGACCACCGCAAAAAGAGAAGAAUGGUUCAAAAAGCUUCAGUGCAGAGAAUAAGAGAGAGAGUAGCUCAGACUCAAGCGCUGAAGCAAGCACAUUCGGAGCAAAAUCAUGACGAUCAGGCUAUUUGA